AAAAGAAGGAGGAAAGAGCACGGGGAAACAUGUGAGCGCUCCGAGGACUUUAGCAGAGAGGCAACUUUUAUUUUUCUCAUGUGUUGUGCGUUUUGACCCCCCGUGCGUGCACAAACCGCCGCGCUGUGCUCGAGAAGGAUUUACAUCUGAAAAGGGAACGACACUGCUCUUUUUGUUUUCUCUUCUAUUUUUUUGCAGAACACGGUGCUUUUUGCGGGGGGGGGGGCUUGACUAUUCUUUUCUUUUUUUUUGCGUUCAUCAGGAUAAAUUGUGUCAUUGUUCUGCUAUUAUUGUAGUUUUUAUUCCAUUUCUUAUUCCCGAGUUGCACUAUCAUAAGCAGAAGCAACAGUUAUUUAUUCUCCAAGACACAUUUCUUUAGGGCAGCGAAUCAUAUUUAGGACACCUGCUCAUUUGUCAUUUGACUUGUGCUGCUCGGAGAAAUAUAGCCCAAAUAAAAAAAGCAAAACGACAUAUAUUGCAUAGCAGGUUAAUCCUCCCACCUUCAAAAAGGUCAUUUGUUUGUUUGUUUUCGGCUCACUUCUAUCAGUAGUAUUUUUCUUCCUUCUUUUAAAUAAGCUAUGAAGCAUUUGCAAUUUGUGCUCGUCCUGGCCAUCGCGGUCAACGUGUGGGAAUGUGGAGACGCGAAAUUCGGCGAGAGGGGAGAGAUCAGCCCCCGGAGGAGACGAUGUUACGACGGAAGCUUGCCCAAGCGGCUGAAGAAACGGGAGAGGAAAGUGCUGCUUGAUGGCACCAGCGGCGGCGGCAGCAGCAGCACCAGCAGCAGCGGCGGCGGCGGGGAAGUUUGCCACAGGUUGUACCCCCGCGUGUCCUGCUGUCCCACCAGGAGAGCCGCCUAUCAGAUCCUGCACAGCAGGGAUGCCAGGAUUUUCUCCACCAACAACACCGAGUGUGGACGUCUCCUGGAGGAGAUCAAGUGUGCUCGCUGCUCCCCCAAUGCCCAGGUGUUGUUCCACUCCUUGGACAUGGAUAAGAUGCCACACAGGGAGCCAGACCUGCCGCGGCUCUGCCAGGACUUCUGCCGCGAGUUCUACUACACCUGCAGGGGGCACAUACCAGAACUGUUUCAAGCCGAUGUGGAUGAGUUCUGCCAAUACUAUGGGAGGAGAGAUUCCAGUCUAUGCUUUCCAGAUUUUCAACGAAAGCAACCACAAGGGCAAGAUUCCAACUACUUGGGAGAUGAGACAAUAGAAGAUAUCAGCAGGAAACACAAACACAACUGCUACUGUGCCCAUGAGGUGUUGAGUGGUCUGAGGCAGCCGGUGGCCGUGUUGCACUGUGGGGACGGAUCUCAGCGGCUCUUUGUCCUGGAGCGGGAGGGAACUGUCAGGAUACUCAACCAUGACCUCGAGCUAAUCAAGGAGCCCUUCCUGGACAUCCACAAGCUGGUGCAGAGCGGCCUGAAGGGUGGAGAUGAAAGGGGCCUGCUAAGCCUGGCAUUCCACCCCAAUUACAAGAAGAAUGGAAAGCUCUACGUCUCCUACACCACCAACCAAGAGCGCUGGGCCAUCGGACCACACGACCACAUUCUCCGUGUGGUUGAAUACACCGUUUCAAGGAAAAACCCAAACCAAGUGGACACCAGGACGGUCCGGGUGCUGAUGGAAGUAGCGGAGCUGCAUAGGAAGCACCUUGGAGGCCAACUGUUGUUCAGCCCUGAUGGUCUAUUGCACAUCAUCCUGGGAGAUGGCAUGAUCACCCUGGAUGACAUGGAGGAAAUGGAUGGACUCAGUGAUUUCACAGGGUCCGUCCUACGGGUCGAUGUGGACACAGACUGUUGUACGUCACCCUAUUCCAUACCGCGAAACAACCCGUACUUCAACAGCACCAACCAGCCACCUGAAAUCUUUGCCCAUGGAUUACAUGACCCAGGCAGGUGUGCAGUUGAUCGGCUUCAGAUGGAAAACGGGAGUCUCUUAAUCCUCUGUACAGAUGCCAGUGGCAAAAACGCAACUUCAGGAAGAAUACUGGAGAUUACCAAGGGGAAAGAUUAUGAAAAUGAGCCUUCUGUGUAUGACCUGCACUCCAGUGGAGGGGCACCACCUGUGGGAGGCUUCAUCUACAGGGGCUGCCAGUCACGAAGACUGUACGGCAGUUAUGUGUUUGGAGAUAAAAAUGGUAACUUGCGAAUCCUCCAGAAGUCGACGUUGUCAACAUCAGCAACUGGUGAACAGUGGCAGGAGAAAGCUCUGUGUCUGGGCUCGGCUGGAUCUUGCGGCUCGAUGCUCAUGGGACACAUCUUGGGUUUCGGAGAGGAUGAACAGGGUGAAGUCUACAUACUGGCAAGCAGCAAAAGCCUGGCACAGUCACACAGUGGGAAACUCUACAAGUUGAUGGAUCCGAAAAGGCCUCAUGCCCCUAAGGAGUGCCAGCGUCCGGUGGAGCCUCCAGAGCUGCUGAUGACAGCCUGUUCCAGACACUGUAAGAACGGACACUGCACUCCUACUGGCAAGUGCUGCUGCAGCCCCGGCUGGGAGGGACUUUUCUGUCGAGUUGCCAAAUGUGAACCAGUCUGUCGCAAUGGGGGAGUUUGUAUGGAGCCCAACAAGUGCCUGUGCAAGAGCGGCUACUCCGGCACCCAGUGCGAGAAGAGUGAGCGGGGUAUGCCCAAUGACCAGGAAAAAGACGGUAUACUGGACCACAUCAUUGACAUGACCUCGUACCUCCUAGACCUGACCAGCUAUAUCGUAUAGGGGUGCGCAAAGGGGGGCUGCUCCCCACCAUCAUCCUCAAGUUGACAUAAAUCUACCUACCACCACCAGCAAACUCUAUCGAGGUGCCCUUAAUAUGGCCUCUUAUCAUCCCUCACACCCACACAGGCAUGUACACAUAACAUACGAAUACACACACACACAAAGGAUCCCCGUCAGACUUCUUUUCAUCAACAUCACCAAAAAUGAACCGGUCCUCUUUUCACCUAUAAGCUACUCGCUCUUGUGGACCGGGCCUGGCAUCCAAGCCGUGUUCACAUUUCAGACAGACCUGCAGACAGCAGCGAGAUGAUUGACAAGCAUGGCCAAGUUAUGGAAGUUCCACUAAUAUGUUUCCUCUCUCGUUCAGCAAACGUCUGCCUCCACAGGAACAGGAGCUCCAACAGGAAUAGACCAUUUUGACCUGAGACUUUGGAUCUUUUCAGGGGCUAUCUGUCGCCUUACUCAAGACCCCCCCCCCCCCCCCCCCCCCCAAAAAAAAAAGAUGGAGUUUAAGGCAUUUCAGUGGAGACAGUUGAUUGUUCAGGGAUUCUCUAAGGAUUCAAAUUGUGAGGAGUGGCAUGGCUCAAGAUCCAAAUUGUGUUCAUGGUCCCUUGAGUACCCAGAACCCAAAAUAAAUGUCAACACACAAUACACAGACUUUGAAGGAACCUCAGUUUCAGCUCUAAAAGGCUGACAAGUCUAGAGAACCAUGGGUCAGAGCCCACAGUGCUUGACUAUUCUAAAGGCCCUCAUACAAGAGGGAUAAACCAUGUUGUCUCACUUUUGACGUUGUAUUUAGUUUGCGGGCACAUUGUCAUAAAAAGCUAUGACUGUAUACAGUAUGUGUACAUUGUUUUCCAACACUUUUGCUAUCAAUGUACAGAAUGGAUCUACCACAGAGGACUGUCACCUCACAGGAAUAGGAACGACUGAGUGAGAACAUUUUACUUUGUCAAAGCCAGUUUCAUACAAUCUGAACGGAGUUGUUAGCUCCCAUGCACUGUAUUCAUUUUUGUUUUUAUUCACUUUAUUAUACAAAAUGAAUUUAAACAUUUAUUAAAAAGCGUAUUGAGAGUAGUAGUUUCACACACAAGAGACACACAUACACACCACACUAGCACGGUAUGGUUCAACAAACUCCUUUCAUUGUGUCACACACUGAAACUGAACCUGGACUCAAAAAAAGGGAAGAGCUAGCGCAGUGAUGUAUAUUUCCAAUAGAGCUUACCUAAGUAAUACUUAGCAUUGCAAAAAAAAAAAAACUAUAGCAUUACUAUUGUUAUCAUAGAGGAGGGUUUAUUUUUUUAAGCGUAAUAAUAUAUGGGAGAGAAUGGUGUUUAUAGAAAGCAGUUUUACACUAAGCUUUGUCAUUUCAUGUCAUUUCAUGUUGUACUUAUAUACAUAUGCAGCUUCCAAGGAAGACACGUGAGGAUACAUUUCUUUCUGGACUGAGGACUUUUUAUUCAAAUAUAAAAGUAAUGCAUGUCUGUGCCUGCAUAGAGUAAUUCGGAGCAGUCUGUCUAUUUUUUUUUUUUUUUCUUCUGACACAUGCUGCCGUUAGCACUGUCAGAAAUGUGUCUUUGAUUUGAGACGUUCAGAGAUUCUGAGGGGCCACCGAGUCACUGUGGAAGCAGCUCAAAGUCAGAGGCUGAUCUUAUCUGUGAACGUCACACUCUUUGCAUUAACAGUUAAACACAGACUGGGAUUGUCUGGACCCACAUUAUGUGUUAAUGUCUACACACACCUGCAGCACACACAUGCAUGCCCAUGUUCACCUGAACUAAUAACAUACCGUAUCUUAUUACCAACUUUACAUUUGAUCUUUUGCCAUUUCAAAUAUAAUAUAAAUAAGCCUUCAGUUACCAUCAGUUAUUGUAUUUAGCGGUUUUUGAGAGCAAAUAUUUAUAAUUUUCUCCCAAACUUUUUAUCUUGAAAAACAAGUUUCCAAGUAUCACGACUGAUUAAAGUUCAUUGUCCAUAAAAGAUGUAUUGGUCGUCCAUCUCCCACCUCGCUCGUGUUUGCUGAAAUAAAACUCUACCUGGUCUAAAUGAGUCAAAAUGGAAUUCAUGCUGUAAAAUGGAAAAUUAUCUUCUUCUUUUUUUAGCACUUAAUGUGAAAGUUGCAUUGUAGCUGCUGAGACGGCGUGGUGUGAAUAGAAUAACCAUUUUCAUUAUUUAAGUAGUUACACAAAUAAAAUAAUUAUUUAAGUUCUCUAUGUUGUUUUUACAUUGUACUGUAUGUGACAAUUUUUUUAUUCCUGUAUUGUAAAUAAAACUAGGGAUAACUCUGUUCCUCUUCAGAAAUAUCAAUAUGUCUAUUAAAAUUUAUAGCAUGUCUGAAA